AUGGGCAGCCAAUUCCCAGGCGAAAAUGGAUUCCCAGUCAACCUUUGGCCCAGGUCUCCUUCUAAACCACUCACAGUCGUACCCGUCUUGGUUUCUGAAAAUUUCGACCGAGCAGUGAUCGAAGAAGUCUACGACGUUCUAAAUCGAUUGACAUCACAAUCUGACUGCGUGGAAUUCCGAUGGAUUACGCACGCUGAUUUGGGCGACUACUCAAAUUGGAUCUUUUUGAAGCCCGGAUCCGAUUGCCGAACGACAGUUGGUCUUCCCUCAUUCGGCGAUAGCUUCAGAGGCGGAGAAGUUGCACUGGAGCUCGGCCCGGAUUGUCAACGAACACCCGCGGUUUUGAGAACUAUGAUGCUUCAUGCUGUUGGUGCUACUCCUGCAACGAUUGGUGGCAGACGAGUUUCAACAAUUGAACCAACAGCUUACAAGCUUUGUGCAAGCAAUGGUCCUUACAGUACUUGCCAAGGAGCGAGCUGCAGAAGCUUGGGAGGAAAAGGAUGGGAGAUCCUCAGAUCGGCUGUCACUCAUGAAGAGGCCUCGCGACGCUGCCAGAGCUACUCAGCAUCCGGCUGGGAAUGGCGCAACGACAUCAACUCGGCUUCAAAACUUCCGGCCAUUUGCGAAGCCUCGAGCUCAUCUAAAUCCUCCAAGUGUCUCAAUAAUCUUUGCUCUUCGAAAGCCUCUUGUGCUCAGAAAGGAUCUGCUUAUUCGUGUCGCUGUUUGGAUGGCUACUUUGGAAAUGGAUUUCAGUGUAGUCCGACUAACUGCCCCGCUGGGACGGUCAGACAUGGCGAAACUUGUGUUAUGGACCCGUGCGACAGUUGUAAGCCCCGAUUUGCUUGCGAAGCAGUUGAUGCCGGCUCUGCUAGCGCUGAUUGCGCAUGUAAGCCUGGCUGGACCGGUAAUGGACAGCUCUGCUUGCCUCAGAAGAAAACCACGACGACGAGAGCUGCAUUGAAGCCAACAACGCUUCCGCCAUUUAAUCGCUUUGCGGCGAAGAUUCUUCCUCAGCCAUCGAGAAAUGGAGCUGAUCCUGGAAUGAAGAAAAGCGGCGCCAUGGCUGAUUUGACCAGGAGAUUAGAAGGAAAGGGUUUCAUAAGCGCAGAUUGCAUUUCAUAA